AUGCCGACUUACGGGCGUGUGUGACAUUUUGAUGUAGAGUGUCUUCGAUGAUUUUCGUCAUGUAUCGAUUUAAUACAUAGAUAUUUCCGAUAAAUGGAGUUUACCAAAAAUAGUUCUACAAUCCUCAUAUAAGAUAGGUAAUUUCUGAAUGUGUACGAUUAAUAUUUUCUUGUUAGGUUAGCUCACCCGGAAUAAGGGAAAUGAUCACUUGUUUCACGAAAAUAAUAUAACAACCGAAGGUAUAUCAUUGCAUACAAUCGUCUAUUUCUUCAUAUAGCAAAAUAUCAGGGAUACUCGUAAAUUCUUCCGAGAAAAUUAAAUGUUCGGGAAAGGGAGAUAUCGUUAGCACAUGUUCGUUAAGUUCAGUCCAUUUUUCCAGAGGGAAACAAAUAAUAACGGAUUUGAAUUUAAUGUAGAACAUUAAGUUUAAUAAUUUUGUAGGAAGAUAUGGAUGCUGCAGUGGUCGAAGUCCUUCAACAAGCGAGUAGUCAAGAUCCCACUAUUUUAAAACCAGCUGAACAGACUUUAAAACAAUGGGAAACUGAAAGGGGAUUCUAUACUGCAUUAUAUAAUGUAUUUUCUAAUCAUUCCUUGACUAUCAAUGUUAGAUGGAUGGCUAUUGUGUGUUUUAAAAAUGGUAUUGAUAAAUAUUGGAGAAAAAAUGCUCCAAAUGCAAUUGCAGAUGAUGAAAAGGAAUUCCUUAGACAACGUUUGAUAACAAACUUUGAAGAACCUGUAAAUCAAUUAGCUGUUCAAUUGGCAGCUCUUAUUGCUAAAAUUGCAAGAUAUGAUUGUCCUAGAGAAUGGCGUUCAUUAAUUCCAACGUUAUUGGAUGUUAUAAGAGGACAAAAUCCUUUGGCCCAGCAUCGGGCACUGUUAAUAUUGCAUCAUGUUGUUAAAUGUUUAGCCUCUAAACGUUUAGCUGCAGAUAGACGACUCUUCCAAGAAUUAACCAUUAGUGUGUUCAGUUUUAUUCUGAAUGUUUGGAAUACAUACACUGAAUCUUUUCUUAUAAUGGCGUCAAACGGAGCAGAUACAAAUCAGAUACAGGAAGCUUUGGAGAAAGCGUUACUUUUAUUGAGAAUACUUAGGACACUUAUUGUAAAUGGAUUUAAUAAGCUUUCAGAAUCUCAUGAUGCUAUGUCAUUUUUAGAAAUUGUUUUCGAACGUGCAAGAACCUGCCUUGAAUGUCGAAAGACAUUAAUUUCAAGAGGCAUACAGAUGGAUGUAUGCGAUAAAUUUAUAAUUCAUUUGACUAAAGUAUUAUUAGGAGUAUUAGAAAUGCAUCCGUUUUGCUAUGUAGAACUAAUACCAACGUCCUUAGAAUUUUCUGUUUUUUACUGUUUUACCGAAAGUGGCCAAGCUUUAGCUUUUGAAAAAUUUGUUAUACAAUGUUUAAAUUUAAUGAAAGGCAUUUUAUCAUCUACAUAUUAUAAACCAGCUAAAGUUCUCGAAGAUACGAAAGACCCGUUAACGUUGAGAGCAAAUCAAUUGAGACAAGAAUUUUUUACACCUGAAACAUUAACUGAAAUAUGUUCAAGACUUGUAACGCAUUAUUUUCUUUUAACACCUGCUGAAUUGGAAUUGUGGGAUACAGAUCCAGAAAGUUUUGCCUUGUACGGAGUGUCUGUUUGCAGUAAUUCUCCAUCAUUUUGUAGAAGUUCUUGUACCAGUUUUAGUUGAAUUAAUGCAAAGACAUCAUCAACCAAUUGAUCCAAAUAAUUUGCAUGCGAUCUUAAUAAAAGAUGCAGUAUAUAAUGCAGUUGGUUUAGCUGCGUUUGAUUUGUAUGACGAGCUGUUAAAUUAAGUACAGAGCUGAGACCAGAAUUAUAUAAACUCAUGGUUGAAGUUUUGAGCCCUGAAGAAGAUUUAGGUGUUCGAUUGGCAGCAAGCGAUGCUUUAAAACUCGCGAUAGAUGAUUUUCAAUUUAAUCCGGAAGAAUUUUCACCAUAUUUAGAACCAGCAUUCUCUUUACUAUUUUCUCUUUUAAAAGAAGUAAAAGAAUGUGAUACGAAGAUGUACGUGUUGUAUGUAUUAUCAUUUAUGAUUGAACGUACUGGCAGUGAAAUAAACCCGCACGUUGGAGCUCUUAGUUCGUAUCUACCAGCACUUUGGCAAGAGUCUGAGGAACAUGAUAUGUUAAGAUGCGCUAUAAUUUCGACACUUGUACAUCUGGAAAAGGCUUUAGGUCCUGAAAGUGUCGUUAUAGAACCAUUAGUAGUAGGUGUUAUUGCAUUAAGUUGUGAUGUUAAUCAAAAUUAUCACGUUUAUUUGUUAGAAGAUGGUUUGCGAUUAUGGUUAGCUUUAUUGGAGAAUGCACCUGCGCCAACCCCUGCUAUAAUGGAAUUGGCUAAAAAUUUGCCGGAUGUAUUAGUUCAAGCAUAUGUAAUAUUAAGUCCUCAAGAAUUUUUAAGUCAAAGAGGGGCAAUUAUAAUUGAAACACUUAGGUCACUUUUGGGAGAUUUGAACUCUGAAGGAGCAGUAAUGACAAUGACAGUGUUUGAACUAUGUUUAUGUGCGUCACCUCGGCAAGGUGCAGAACUUAUUAAACCUGUUUUAAUAACUAUAUUUGAGUAAUAAGCGAGUUAACCAGAAAAAUGGGUGGAAACGAAGCUAGAGAAGAGGUUGUUUUGGGAGAAAUAAUACGUAUAUGGGUUAAUCGAAUGCCAUAUAUUUCUCAACUAAAAAGACGUAAAUUAUUAGCUCUUGCACUUUGUUCACUUCUUGGAGCUGAUAGUCCUCCAAGUGUUCUUCAUUAUUUUCCACUAAUAAUAUCUAAUAUUGUUGGGACUCUCAAUGACAUCACCAAGUUUGAUGAUAUAAGAUGCGAACAUAUUGGAUCUUUGUCAAUUAGUGGACAAUCUAGUCCAUCCCAGUACGAGGAUGAAGAGUAUGGAAACAAACAUGAACAGCGAAAAAGAAGACUUGAUUUCAAUGAUCCUUUGUCCAGUAUAUCUUUGAAAGAUACGUUACAAAAUCAGGUAAAGUGAUAAUUUAUUAUUACUUACAAAUAUGUACUUAUUACAUACUAAAAACCACUUUGUUCAAUUAUGUAUUUAUUACAUGCUGAAAAUCUGUAUUUUUUAUUUUAGUUACUUACUUUACGCAGAUUGAUUGGAGACAACCAGUUUAACCAAUUGAUGUCAACUCUUUACCCAGAAAUUGACAAAGAACUUAAACUUUAUGUAUCCUUAUGAAAAAGGAGCAAGUCUAAUUAAAAGAGAAAGAAAAUAAGAUAUUAUAUUAAACGCGACAGUACGUGUAAAGAAAGCUUUACAGCGCUCUAUUAUAAAACGGCACUAUUUUAUUGUAUUAUACUAGCUGUUUCACUGUACUAAUAAUGUUGAUAAUAAAAGACCUGUCAUUUCAAAAUUAUUUCUUAUCUGUUCGUUUAAAGUGAAGAAAGGUAUGAUUUUCACAUUCAAAUUAUUACCAAUAUUAGUUCAAUUUGAGUUGGUUUUAUUGGUUUAAUUUACUGAAAAAUUUUAAAUAUAUAAUUAUAGUAAAUGAUUAUAUGGAAUUAUAUUUUAGAAUCUACAAUUACAACUUUUACAGCAACCAUGUUAAAAAAAUAAUUGAAAAAAUAAUUUUUUUCAUUUUGUUUGAACAAACAAUUAAAUUUUAUGAUAUAAUAUGUAUAGGAAUGUGUAAGAAUGAGACAAUUGGAGGUUGCUGUUUCUAAUUCAUAA